UUGAACAAAAUAGCAAAUGUUAUAUUUAGUAUAAAAAUAAUUUUUGAUUCUAAUUAUUCUUAUAUUUUAAAAUUAAUACACAAUAUUUAAAGACAAAAUGAAAUUCAUUUUUAGUUUGAUAUUAUUAGUACUUAGUAUUCUUUUGAUUACUGUAAAUGCUAAUCCACCAGAACACUGUUUAAAAGAUUAUAAUCCUGGUGCUGGUAGAGCUGGUAUAUUUAAAUUCUAUUAUAAUUCAAAGAAAAAUGAAUGUGAACCAUUCCUUUGGGGUGGUAUAGAUGAUGGCGGAAAAGAAAAUAGAUUUGAUACACAUGAACAAUGUGAAGCUGAAUGCAAAGAUAAAUAAUAGAAUAAAAUAAUAAUAUUAUUGAAAUAAAAGUAAAAAUCACAUAAAAGAUCUUGUAAUAAAUUCAUUUAAAAAAUUA